GUUUUAUAUCGAUAAUAUGGCUCACUAACUUAAAGGUUUUACUUGGACUUAGACUUCCUGUACUGUAAAAACAAAAAACAAUUACUAAUGUCUUAGAUAAACAGUUACACCGAAUGUUGGACCAGUUUAAUUAAAGAUUGAUACAGAAAGGGAGUUCCAACAUAAUAAUGAUUUAGGGUGGAAUUGGCAUAAAAGUUGGAAUAUACCUAAUAUAUCUGUUAAAUUAAAUCUAAUGAAUGAAGAAUGUGCGUAAUGGAUGAAUUGCUAAGUAAUUAAUAGCAAACUAUUUUUAGGUUCAAUUAAUGGCAGUCAAACUAUUAUAACCUGAUCUAUUCGAAGAAAUAGGAUUAGAAGGAACAACUUAAUAUGAGUUAGUAGAUGGCAGAGCAUUUUUCACUGUAAAUUCAUUAAACGACUUUAGGGUGUAAAAUUUAAUAGUACCACUUAUAAUCAUCAAGGCCACAAAUUUUAAUUGUUAUUAGUCAUUAAAGAAAAAGAAAACAUUAUUCUUACCUUACAAUCGCCUCCAAUUUUUAUAGACAGUAGAAAAAGUGCUCGUGAUGAACAUAGAUAAAUAUAGUAUAUCUAACCAUUCGAACCAAAAUACUUAGAACGUAAUUUUUGUAAAAAAGAAAAACAUUAAAAUGAAGUUGUUGAUGCACCUAUUGAAAAUAAUGAAAAUGGAUUACAUAAUUAUUUAACUGCACCAAAUAUAAGAAAUAAAGUAAAAAUAUUUAUUAUUCUUAAGAUUAAACAUCCUGUAUUUUUAGCAUUAAAGUUUUCUAGAUGUUUCAAUAUUUAUUAUUAAGGAAAUUUUGAAAUUGAAAAUCAUUUGAUUGAAUUUUAGAAAUAAUUAAUGUCUAAAUGCCAAAUAUCAUAAUAUCUUAUAGUGUUUUAGUCAAAUAAUAAUAGAAUUAAGAGGAAAGUAAAAUUAUUGAUUUUAUUUAAGAUUGAGGAUUCUUUAAAUUAAUUAUUUGGGUAAACCAAGAUAAAAGUAAUUGAAAAGAAACAUGUUAAUGAACUCACUUAUUAAAAGUUAGAAUUAAAUUCAGAAUAAUAUAGAUAAAGCUAUAAUUAAUUGAUACUAUUAAUGAAUUAAUUUACACUAGAAUAAUAAUAAUAAUAAGAAUAAUCAAUAUUAGAAUCUGAUCAAUAGAAUAUUAAAUUAGAUAAAUAAAUACCAAUUGAAAUUGACCCUUAAUCUCAAUCACAGAUUAAAUAAACUUUUAAUCAUUUGGAAAGAAAGUCAGCUUUUAAAAAAUACAAAGAUUUUGACAAAUUACCAACCAAAAACUUUGAAGAUGAAAAAUAAGAAUAAUUUUAAAGAUUUGAGAAAUUAAGCAAUAUUUAAGAAAUGGAAAAUUAUGAAAAAAUACAAAAAAUUGUAAAAAUAGAAGAAAAUAAUAACAAUUAGUUAUUAACAUAGUAAAUAUAAUAAUAACAAUAAUUACAACAGUAAUAUUAAUAAUAAUAAUAAAUUGUACCUAAUAAUUAUGCUAAUUAAAUCAAUUAAUUAAAUUCUAAUGUAAGAGAUUGA